CAACUACUCCAUCACUCCAAUCUACUUACCACCUCUGGCACUGCUCCUGUCCACCGCACCUGUCCACUUCUCCUUUCGCAUGGCCCCCUCGAUACUACAGAACGGAGGCUUUGCGCUGGGCUUGCUGGGGUCCUCGCUUCUGAUCGCGGCCACAGCCAUGAACAAGUGGAGCGUGAAGGACCGACAGGGCGACCUGCUGACCUCUGUGUACACGUACAAGGGGCUGUGGCAGGACUGCGAGACCACCACGGCGGGCAUGACGGAGUGCAGGCCUCUCUACGGGCUCCUGGGAUUCUCAGGCUCGUUCCAGGCGGUGCGGGCGCUGAUGAUCAUAGGAGUGGUACUGAGCGCGCUCGGUACACUGCUGUCCAUUUUCUCACUGCAGUGUCUGACCAUGAAUAAGAUGGAGGACAGAAGCAAGGCCAAGAUGAGCCUCACCGCUGGCCUCAUGUUCAUCACCGCCGGUGUAUGUGGCAUAGCUGGAGCGUCUGUUUAUGCUAACCAGAUUGUGUCCAGUUUCCAAAUAACAGCCAACAACAACUACAACAACAACUACAACAACUACGGACAGGGAGGAUUCGGAGGCCAGUACGGUGGAGGCAUGGGCAUGGGAGCUGGGAUUCCGACUUACACAUUUGGCCCCGCCCUCUUUGUGGCGUGGAUUGGAGGUGGGGUCCUGUUGAUCGGAGGAAUUCUCAAGUCUCUGGCCUUCAGGGAAAUGGUGAAAGAUGAGAAACCAAGGUAUCCAGGAGUGGUGUACAAACCUCAGUCUCACACCAAAGGAGAGGACCACCCAUUAGAGGGGGGCCAAAAAUAUGUGUAACUUCACAGCUUAUAUCUUUGUUUUUUUAAUGUUUUUGCCUUGAUAAAUGUGUAUGUAUAAUGUGUAUUCUAGAUGUUAUACCGUAUUUAGAAAUGUUCUGUUAUUUCAAUAUAAAAUAAGUGAUGAAGUGGUAUAUGCAUCAUAGUGUUAUUCAAAUUCAUAUAUUUGAUCUUUGUUACACACUGUUGAGUCACUGUGUGUCAGGCAUGUGCACUGGGAACAUUUUAUAUGUAGUGAUCUGCGGUUUCCCCUGUGUGUGAUGAAUUGUUUGUGUGACCCCAUUUAUCUGACUGUUUUCUGACCUCCUGUCGUAACGGUGGGUGUAGCGGACCAAAGAGUGCAGACUCGGGGAAUAUUUACAGUGUUUAUUGUACAGAUUGAGACAAAAUACAAAACUGAGGGUUGAUCUGAUGUUGAGCAGGAAGCCAGGUGCGGGCCAGGAUCCAGGAACGUGGAGUGCAGGGAAAAACCAAGACAGUACCAGGGCUGAGAAGCAGGGUAAAAGCAGGGUCGAAGCAGGGCUGAAGGCACACAUAGGGUCCGGCACCAAAUGCAGAUAAUCCAGUACGGAACAGGGUGAAGCAACACAGGCACGAAAGGGACGACAGACGAUCUCGCCCUGAGUGUUGUUGUUGUUGUUGUGGUUAUUUCCGGCAGACUGGGCACGGUUAGUGCAUUGCUGCCCUCCACUGGUCAGGAGAUUUCAUGUGGGUUUUACUGCGUGGCGAGUGCUCGCCUAAGGAAAAAGACAUUACAGCUGCUCUUCCCUAAACUCUAUAAUACACCCCUGUUUGAAUUAGAAAUCGGGUCACCAACUGAGCCCUCUCCUUGGGGUAAGCUCCAUGUCCUAGUAUUGUCCUCAGGGAAAAGUUGUUGAGUCCUAUCUUAGAUAGCCCCCUAAACAUGUCACUUCUCUGAACACUAUAUACUGGACAGUGCAGCAUAACAUGCACCACGGUCUCAGAGACUCCACACCACUCACAACAGCCAUCUCGCCCUGAGUGUCCUCUCCCAGCUCCUCUUAUCCACGGCAGGUGUGGUGAUUAGCCAGAUGACCAGCAGGUGCGCGCGGGAGGAGCUGAGAGCUCCGCCCAGCUCCAGGUACAGACAGGUGAGGGAGGGGGAAGAGCACACAGGGAGACAAAACAGGAACAGAACUACACACAUCAUGACACCUCCGUUUCUACUAAAUUGUUAUUAUGACAUAUCUCUACAAUUGUUGAAUUAAAAUCAUUUUUCACUAAACGUAUUGACAACCAUCUUUUACUUAUUAAGCUGAAACUCACCGCACUACAUUUUAAAGUCAUAUUUACUUUGUCGACACUAUAGUUCACUUUUGAUACUGUCACUUUGGACAUUGGGGCUGACACAAGUUAAAGUGCACAUGACAGGAUAGACCACUCAUUUCUCUAAAAUAUAGUUCACACGAUUAUAUUUAAGAUUUUACUAAAAGUGUUUGAGUUUUGUCACGUUGGUAAAUUUUAUAAUUUUACUUGCUGUUUGGACAAAAAGUAAGCAAAUGUGCGUAUGUAGAGGCAUUUUACCUAGUAACCACAAUGUUAAUAAAGGCCAAACCUUAUCUAAAUUGCACAAUAGCUUUAAUUUAAAGAAUAAAAAAUACAUGACAACACCUUUAUUUUGUUAUGUCAGUGUUUAAACUGUCAGAUAAAUGUCUUCCUUGCUCGUAAAUCUCUGCAUUUUGGAUUGAACUGAACACAGUAGAUUACAACCAUUUCAACAGUGUAGACAGCAAGAUGGUUUGAUGCUCUUCUUCUGAUGCAAUUUCUAUAUUGAGGAAUAUUCACUGCUGCACCUGUCCUGCCGCUCUCGGGGUCCUUUGACCCAUCUGUAUACAAUACAAGACUGUCUGUAUGCUUUUCAAAGUCCUUUUGUGCAA